AUGUCCUCCAUACUACCCUUCACUCCCCCGGUGGUGAAGCGGCUGCUGGGAUGGAAGAAGACUCCGGCAGGAGGUGGAGGAGCAGGAAGUGGGAUUGGAGGAGUAGGGGAGCAGAACGGAGGUGGGCAGGAGGAGAAAUGGUGUGAAAAAGCUGUCAAAAGCUUGGUGAAGAAGCUGAAGAAGACAGGACAGCUGGAUGAGCUGGAAAAAGCCAUCAGCACGCAGAACAUCAACACAAAGUGUGUUACCAUACCCAGCAAUUGCUCAGAUCUAUGGGGUCUAGGGUCAGGCCACAUGAUAGAGCAGUGGGACUCUUCAGGCAUGUACGGAUACCCUGACCAUAACAGAUCACUGGAUGGGCGGCUCCAGGUGUCUCAUCGUAAGGGCCUGCCACAUGUUAUAUACUGUCGUCUGUGGAGAUGGCCUGACCUUCACAGCCACCAUGAGCUGCGAGCCAUUGACAAUUGCCAGUACGCCUUCAACCUCAAGAAAGAUGAAGUGUGUGUCAACCCUUACCAUUACCAGAGGGUGGAGACGCCGGUUCUGCCCCCAGUUUUGGUGCCCCGCCACACAGAGAUCCUGACAGAGCUACCACCUUUAGAUGACUUCACAAACUCAAUCCCUGAAAACACCAAUUUCCCAGCUGGCAUAGAUCCCCCUAAUAACUACAUACCAGAGACUCCCCCGCCUGGCUACAUAAGUGAAGAUGGCGAGGCUAGUGACCAACAGAUGAAUCAAAGUAUGGAAUCAGGCUCACCAGCAGAACUUUCACCAAAUACCUUGUCACCUGUCAGCCACGGCCUUGACCUUCAGCCGGUGACUUACAGUGAACCAGCUUUCUGGUGUUCUAUAGCUUACUAUGAGCUCAAUCAGCGUGUUGGAGAAACAUUCCACGCUUCACAGCCUUCUCUUACCGUGGAUGGCUUCACUGACCCCUCCAACUCUGAGCGCUUCUGCCUUGGACUUCUUAGCAACGUCAACAGAAAUGCAACUGUUGAAAUGACAAGGAGGCACAUAGGUCGUGGUGUGAGGUUGUAUUACAUUGGAGGGGAGGUGUUUGCUGAGUGCCUCAGCGACAGUGCCAUUUUUGUUCAGAGUCCCAACUGCAACCAGCGAUAUGGCUGGCACCCUGCCACGGUCUGCAAGAUACCUCCAGGGUGUAACCUGAAGAUUUUUAACAACCAGGAGUUUGCUGCUCUGCUGGCUCAGUCCGUCAAUCAGGGGUUUGAAGCGGUUUACCAGCUGACCAGGAUGUGUACCAUCAGGAUGAGUUUUGUCAAAGGAUGGGGCGCGGAGUACAGACGUCAGACAGUCACUAGUACUCCUUGUUGGAUCGAGCUGCAUCUCAAUGGCCCCCUCCAGUGGUUGGACAAGGUUUUGACCCAGAUGGGUUCUCCAUCAGUACGCUGCUCCAGUAUGUCCUAA